AUGACUGUUUCGUUUCCUCUUCUUCGUUUGCCAGCAGUGGCACUUCGUGAAGUACUUUUGAACUUUGGAACGAUGGAUUUACUUGAAUUCUCCUUCACCUCCACCAGAGUGAGAGACUGUGUCUUUCGUUCAGCGAGACUGCGUGUAAUCGAACAUAAUGUGGAAUUCCUGAAAGAAUGUCCACACAUUGUCACAGUCUUCAAAAACGACGACGGUCUACACGAACACAAAUUAGAAUGGGAGUUCGUCGGAGGUCAAAUGGCAGGAAAAUCGCAUCAAGAAGAGAGGAGAAUAGGAUGUCAUCGGUUCGAGAAAUGUCAUAAGAAUGGAAACAUAAUCCAAUGUUACUUUCACAACCCAGAGUUCGGAGCAUCUGUCGUGUUUAAUCACAUUUCGAAGAUCUUCCAAGGACCGGUCAACCCUCUCGCGGUUCGCCAACAUCUCGAAAAAUCAAAAUAUAAUGCUGUUUCAGAUGUGAUUCAUUUUUGA